AUGGAAUCACCGAUUGUCGACUAUCUUCGUGUCUACGGAGGGCCCGCAGCUCUCACCCUAGGCUUGAUUGUACUUCUGCGGGGCAUCUACCGAUUAGUUCGGGUGCGCCUACUUUUCCAUCAUCUGCUCGCGAAACAUCCCAAAGGGUCCCAGCAAUCCGACGCCUUCACGGUCCUCUCAUAUAACUUUCCUGAGUUUGAUAAUUGCUUCUACAUUGAUAUCUGGCCCUUUGUGCAGCCGUUAUUGUGUAUUACAAGUCCGGAUCUUGCGGUGCAGGUCUGUCAGACCUAUGCGCUACCCAAACCAGCAGUACUGCAGAACUUUUUCCAGCCGUUUACCGGCGGGUGGAACAUCUUCACCACGAACGGACCGGAGUGGAAACGGGCACGCAGUCUCUUCAAUCCGGCCUUCAGUGCGAGUGCCGUGUUGCACCAUACAUCACAAAUUGUUGAGGAAGCGCAGGUCUAUGUGGACAUUCUGCGGGAGCAUGCGACCAAGGGAGAUACUUUCUCCCUGGACCGAAUGACCUGUAGCUACGUGAUGGAUAUCAUCGGGUCUAUUGCAAUUAACAAACGUCUGAAGUCGCAGCGGGAAUAUAACCCUCUGGCGGCGGCGAUGAGGAGUGUGGCUGAAUGGAACUGCCAAGAUGAAGAAUUGAAUCCGUUUAUUCGGUGGAAUCCGCUGCGACCGAUCAUGCACUGGUACAACGGACGCACGAUGACCUGUUAUAUCGGAGAUGCCCUGGAGGAACGGUACCAGCGCUGGAGACAGAAUCAGCCGUCGGACCGCCACCGUAAGUCUAUCAUGGAUCUGGUAAUUGCAGACUUCAUGUCGACGCGAUCAGCGAAGGAAGACCGAUUGGAUCCUGAGUUCAAGGCGUGGGCAACAAUCCAGGUCCGAACCUUCCUUUUCGCGGGCCAUGAUUCCACGGCGGCCACGAUUGUGUACAGCAUCUACAUGUUGUCUAAGCACCCGGAGCUGCUGGCCCGGGUGCGCGCCGAGCACGAUCAGGUGUUUGGCGAUGUUUCCUCCACAGCGCAGACACUGACGCAGCAUCCGGAAUUGAUCAACCAGCUUCCCUUGACGCUGGCGGUGAUCAAGGAAACCCUCCGGCUCUUUCCCGCUGCGUCCGCCUUGCGAUGGGGCCAGCCUGGCGUGCACCUCCAGGACCAGAAUGGAACCAAAUAUCCGACCGACGGACUCUGUAUCUGGAUUCUGCAUGGGGCAAUCCAGCGUAAUCCGAAUUACUGGAAAGACCCCUCUGCCUUCCUCCCCGAGCGAUGGUUGGUCGGGCCCGACCACCCUCUCUACCCUCCCAAAGGUGGCUGGCGAGCCUUUGAACAAGGGCCACGCGAUUGUAUUGGCCAGACCCUGGCCCUCCUGGAUAUCAAGGUUACAUUGCUUCUCGUACUGCGUGAGUUCGACUUUCAGGAUCAGUACGCCGAAUGGGACCGCCUGCAUCCCAGUGCCGGACCGAAUACCGUUUUUGGCGAGCGCGCCUAUCAAGUUCCCCAAGGCGCAUCGCACCCUGCUCAGGGAAUGCCCUGUCGGGUUAGCCAGCGUCAGCAUAUCGGGUGA